GCAAAAUCCUAAAUUUCCCCGCAGUCAAUCUCCAGGAACCAAACCUGAUCGACUGGACGGAGCCCAAACAAGAUGGCAGCGGCCGCGUCCCCCGACGUCCCAACCUGCGGCGACCUCCCCGCCGCCGUCUCCGCCUUCGCCGACUCCUUCGUCGACUUCGCCGUCUCCGGCAUCUUCUUCCCCACCUCCACCUCCCCGGCCCCAUCCUCUCCUUCUCCACCUCCCACCACCCCAACAACCUUCCUCCCCUCGCCCUCCCGCCUCGUCGCCAUUGGCGACCUCCACGGCGACCUCCGCAAGUCCCUCUCCGCGCUCCGCCUCGCCGGCCUCGUCCCGCCCACCUCCUCUGGGGGCGCGGACUCCGCCUCGGCCUCCACCUUCUGGGCCGCGGGGCCCACCCUCGCCGUCCAGCUCGGCGACAUCCUCGACCGCGGCGGCGACGAGCUCCGCCUCCUCUACCUCCUCCGCCGUCUCGCCCUCUCCGCGGAGUCCCGCGGCGGCGCGCUCCUCCCCAUCCUCGGCAACCACGAGGUCAUGAACGUCUCCGGCGACUUCCGCUUCGCCACGCCGCAGGGCCUCCAGGAGUUCUCCGCCUGGGCCGGAUGGUACCGCGCGGGCCUCGCCAUCAAGCGCCGCUGCACGGACCUUCUUCCUCAGCCCAAGAACCCCUUCCUCGGCAUGCCGAAGUCCUUCCCCGGCGUCAAGCCCGAGUUUUGGGACGGGAUGCGGUCCCGCCUGGCCGCGCUCCGGCCCGACGGACCCAUAGCGCGGCGGUUCCUGGCGGACCUCCCCACCGUGCUCGUCGUCGGCGACUCGGUGUUCGUUCACGGCGGCCUCCUCGAGGCCAACGUCGAGUACGGCCUCGAGCGAAUCAAUGCCGAGGUCAGCGAGUGGAUCCGCGGCGAGGGCGGCGACAAUGCCAGAGCGCCCGAGUUCGUGCGCGGCCGGGACGCCGUGGUCUGGCUCAGGAGGUUCUCUGACGGCUUCGAUUGUGACUGCCAGAGGCUUGAGGGGGUGCUUGGGAUGAUCCCGGGGGUCAAGAGGAUGGUCAUGGGGCACACAAUUCAGACAGAGGGGAUCAAUGCGGUGUGCGGCGCGCAGGCUGUGAGGGUCGAUGUCGGGCUCUCAAGGGGGUGCGGGAAUGGGUUGCCGGAGGUGCUUGAGAUCAAUGGGGGUGGUGCGGAGGUUUCGGUGAUCACAACGCCUCCCGCGGAGGCCUGGCAGUACCGGAAGCAAGAGGCAGAGAAGGCUGCAAAGGCGUUGAACGAGAAGAGGGGGGAGGUAAAAGAUGGGCUUGCAUUGCUGGUGAGGGAGAGUCAUGGGUUGAAAGAGGUAGAAGCUAAGGCUUAGUUUAGGGGUAACUUGAUGCUAGAGAUUGUUUUGCCAACUCCGAAUUGGGAUUACCAUGGUCAAUUUGGGUGUAGGAGUGGGAGGGAUUGGUUGUAGAAAUCGUUGGUGGAAUUAACAAUUGAUGUCCACGAAAGAAAGGAAAAUCUACAACAAUUGCCAGUGUUUAUCUGGAUGUGCUAAUCUGUUACUGCUAUGCACAA